AUGUCGGUACGACAGACGAGGCGCCAGGCCGCUCAGGCUGCCCAGGCCGCUGCUGGCGAGCUGCCCGACCGAGCGGCCGCUGGCGAUGAACCUGUCCGACAAGUCGCAAUGAACGGAAACGGCAACGAAGCUACUGUAGCGGAAGCUUCGGAACACGGCCCAAAGGAGAAUAUCUUUCUGUUCUGGCCCAACAUCAUCGGCUACUUCCGCAUCGUUCUUGCCAUCGCCUCCCUCUACUACAUGCCCCUCCAUCCGCGCACCUGCUCUCUGUUAUACAGCGUGUCGUGCCUUUUGGAUGCUCUUGACGGAUACGCUGCGCGCGCAUUUGAGCAAUCCACUCGUUUUGGCGCCGUGCUGGACAUGGUUACGGAUAGGUGUACAACUUCGUGCUUGCUGGUUUUCUUGUCCUGCGCAUUCCCUCGUUGGACCAUCGUUUUUCAGAUGCUUCUCUCGCUUGACUUCUCCAGUCACUACAUCCACAUGUACGCCACCCUCUCUAUGGCGGGCUCUGACAGCAGCCACAAGAACAUCGACGAGAGCCGCAGCAAGAUCCUCCACUUGUACUACACCAACAAGACCGUCCUCUUUGUCUUCUGCGCCCUGAACGAGCUCUUCUUUAUCGCCCUUUACCUGCUGAGCUUCUCGUCCCCGCUGCUGUCGCCGUCUCUGCUGAGCUCCGUGUCCAACAAGGAAGCCAUGCAGAUCCAGGCGGGCGCGCAAGUCAACACAUCGCUGCUGAGCCAAAUUUUCCCGAACCCCUAUAGCGCUGCCGCCCUUGAGCUUGCUCGGGCAAACAAGAUGGACUCGACUUGGCCGUGGAUCCUUGCCUCCAUCAGCUGCCCUGUCAUGUUGAUCAAGCAGGGCAUCAACGUCAUCCAGCUUGUCAACGCGAGCAAGUGGCUGGCCGAGGGCGAUGUUGCCGCGAGACGGGCGAAGGGCUUGCCUAGAAAGAAGACCAAGAGCACCUAG